GGAUAAUGUAACGUUAUCAUUUUAUGCGUAUAAAUGAUGAUGUUACAUUAUCCUCCUUCUACAGAAUAAGGAUUAUUAUGUCGGAGGGCAAUUAGCAUAUAGUACAAGUGUGCAUUCACCAAUCAGAGGCUGGAGGCAGGAUGGUAUAGUAAUGGAUAUAUUGAACACCUGCGUCGCAGUCAUGGAGAUAGUCGACAGCAAAUGGAAGAUGACGGAGAAAUAAGAUGCUGGCUUUACUACAUAUACUGAGUUGGCUCUGGACUGUGUGAUCAGUGGAUUGAAUGGACUCUGCUGACGUCAGGUCAAUGACCAUAUUAAGUAAAUAUAAUGAUGUGGAGAAUAUAUACAUACAUUAAUAAACGAUGGGAUUAUUAAGGAGUAGCCAUUUUCUUUGAGGCAGUACACACAAAUACAACAUACUUUAAGAUGUUUACAAAGCAAAAGUAUCCAGCGAUGUGUCAUAGGGACUAAUCAACGUCGAAGGGGUAAACGAGCUCAAUAUGUCAGGUGUGAUAAACAGCACACCAGGUGAUAAUACUACCUUCAUAAUGGACACCACCACAUUAAUGGUCACAAUUAACACUACAGAGAUGAGUUUUCUUAAUACGACUCAAAGACCAAAUGAUAUUCCAUGGCUUGACAAAAACACAUCUUCCAUUUCUGCUGUCCUCGAGACAGUUAUUUUGUGUGUCAUGUGGGUUUUUACAGUAAUUGGAAAUGUGCUAGUGUGUAUCGUCAUAUCCAGGAGUCGGAGAUUGCAGUCAACUACAAACUAUUUUGUGGCCUCACUUGCAUGUGGUGAUUUGUGCCUUUCAGUGUGCUGUAUGCCUUUCAUAUUAGGCCGGGUUAUAAGCCAGGCAUGGAUAUUUGGAACAGCCAUGUGCAAGCUAGUCCGUUUUUUCCAAUAUGUGAUCCCUGGAGCUAAUAUGUAUGUGCUGGUGUGCAUAUGUGCGGACAGAUUCUAUACAAUCAUAUACCCACUUAGUUUCAAAGUUACCCGGUCUAGAGCAAAAAAGAUGGUUUUUCUCAGUUGGUCUUUCGGAGUGCUGGUUUCAAUUCCUGCUCUCUAUUUCUUUACAACUGUAACCGCAGGAACCACAAGCCAUUGUUCGCCUUAUCUCACACCUAAAUGGGACUCUAUAUUUUACAUAGUUUGUGUGGUGCUAUUUCAUUUAAUCACCCCAUCUCUAGCCCUUACAAUUGGGUAUACACGAGUAUUCAAGCACAUAUGGAGGGCAGGGGUGGGCGGAAGAACAUUCCAGAGAACAAUGAAUCCUGUGCCCAGGGCUAAAGUCAAAAUGGUGAAAAUGUUACUUAUUGUAAAUGUGGUAAAUUUCUUUUUAAUUUCACCAUAUUAUUUCACUCAAUUAUGGUACCCCGUCGCUCAAGUAAGCAGUGUUCCCGUUUCCCUGUACAUUGCAACCAUUUGGACUUUGUAUUCAUCCGCCAUGUCUAGACCAAUGAUCUACAUGUGUUACAAUUCUAAUUUUCGUCGCGGAUGCAGAGAAGUAUUCUGUAUGUCAACAAUGAAGUGUUACCGUAGCAACGCCUAUGCCAUCACCAAUGUGUCUCAGUUUGGGAAGAAGAAUCACGUGGGUGUCGUUGAUAUUGACAACAGCUUUCAAAGACCGUGUACUCCGUCAAAAGCAUUCGAUAGAUCUGCAAUGAUUGGGCGUACCCAAUGGCCUCUUUCAAACUCGUCUAUGCCUUCAACAUAUUUAUGAUACUUAUUCAAGCAGUGUAUUUCUUUUCAUCAGGAGUUGAUAUAAUACAUAUUAUUAGUACAUCAGAUCAAAUACUUGAUUCCAGUUGGUCAAGAGGAUGAUUAUGAAAGUUGAACUUAUUUUUGUAUAGCUCCGUAAUGUAUUUGGAGUAGGCGAUCUAUAAAGAUCACCAUCUAAUAAUUCUCACCUUACAUGUAUGGACGUGUGUACAUAUUUUCCUAAUAUGUACAAUUAAACGGAAUAGUAUUCUAUAUAAAUCUUGCUAUACAUAACUGGAUGUCACGUUUAUCUUUUCAUACAUCAGAGCUGCUUCCACAUACGUCAAUCAUGAGCCCAUGAUAACAUCAAUGUCAAAAUGAGAUGAAAUUGAGAUUGUUUUGCUUCGUUUCCCAAGAAUAACUUUGCCCUUUAAGCAACUAUCUGUUAAUAAGUUGUUAUGUUAUGAAAAACUAGAUGCGAGUAGAAGUUAAGUUAUCUUAUGACGAUAGAUAUUCCAUCGUCGCUUUCCACUGGGUCUAGAGACCCCGUGUGGCAUAAAAGGUCAAUUUGUUUCUCUUCUCCCAUUUAUAUGUGGCGGUUCAUGGCCCGAUGUUAGUCCACGGACCCAAUCAGAACGCUCUGCUUCGUCACGUGACAAAAUAUCGAAAAUGUCUAUACGGAC